AUGGACUCCCCCCUCUACAUCGGAUUCGACCUCUCGACCCAACAGCUCAAGGGGUUGGUCGUCAACUCCGAGCUCAAGGUCGUCUACAUCGCCAAGUUCGACUUCGACGCCGACUCCACCGGCUUCCCCAUCAAAAAGGGCGUUAUCACCAACGAAGCCGAACAUGAGGUCUACGCGCCGGUCGCACUGUGGCUCCAGGCCCUGGAUAGUGUCCUCGACGACUUGAAACGCCAGGGCCUCGAUUUCCGUCGGGUCAAGGGUAUCAGUGGCGCCGGACAGCAGCACGGCAGCGUAUACUGGGGCCAGGAUGCCGAGCGACUCCUCAAGACCAUGAAUCCGGCCAAGAAACUCGAGGAGCAGCUGCCGGAAGCUUUUUCGCACCCGUAUAGUCCGAAUUGGCAGGACGCAAGCACCCAGCACGAAUGCGACGAGUUCGAUGCCAUGCUAGGUGAUCCGGAGCAUCUGGCCAUGGCCACCGGCAGCAAAGCGCACCAUAGAUUCACCGGCCCCCAAAUCCUUCGCUUCACGCGAAAGCACCCCGAAGUAUAUCAGAAGACAUCCCGAAUUUCGCUCGUCUCUUCGUUCCUGGCCUCGCUCUUCCUGGGCCGUGUGGCUCCCUUUGAUAUCUCCGAUGUCUGCGGUAUGAACUUGUGGAACAUCAAGCAAGGCGCCUACGACGAGACCCUUCUCCAGCUCUGCUCCGGCAAAUUUGGCGUCGAGGACCUCAAACAGAAACUCGGCGAGGUGCCCGAGGACGGCGGCCUACACCUGGGCCCAGUCCAUUCGUACUUUGUGGAGCGCUUCGGCUUCAGCCCGGACUGCACGGUCAUCCCCGCGACCGGCGACAACCCGGCCACUAUCCUGGCGCUGCCCCUGCUGCCAUCGGACGCGAUGGUGUCUCUCGGCACGUCGACGACCUUCCUCAUGUCUACGCCGGCCUACAAGCCGGAUCCCUCCACCCACUUCUUCAACCACCCGACCAGCCCCGGCUUGUACAUGUUCAUGCUCUGCUACAAGAAUGGCGGACUCGCGCGCGAAAAUGUCCGGGAUGCCAUCAAUGAUGUUCUCCAGGACACCCCUGCGCAGCCCUGGGCCAAUUUCGACCAGAUCGCGCUACAGACGCCGGCACUCGGCCAGCGGAACCCAUCCGACCCCAUGAAGAUGGGCCUCUUCUUCCCCCGACAUGAGAUCGUGCCAAAUCUGCGCCCGGGACAGUGGCGCUUCAACUAUGACCCGACCACUGGCAAGCUGCAAGAGACGACGGACGGUUGGGCUACGCCCCACGACGAAGCCCGUGCCAUCGUGGAGAGCCAGAUGCUCUCGCUUCGUCUCCGGUCGCACGGCCUGACCCAGAGCCCCGGCGAGGGCAUUCCUGCUCAGCCACGCCGGGUCUACCUGGUCGGGGGCGGAUCUAAGAACAAAGCCAUUGCGGAGAUUGCCGGGCAGAUCCUCGGCGGCAGUGACGGGGUGUACAAGCUCGAUGUGGGUGACAAUGCGUGUGCCCUCGGGGCUGCCUAUAAGGCUGUGUGGGGCAUCGAGCGCCAGCCUGGACAGACCUUUGAGCAACUGGUGGGCCAGCGGUGGAAUGAGGAAGAUUUUAUUCAGAAGAUUGCCAAUGGCUACCAAAAGGGCGUAUUUGAGCAGUAUGGCAAGGCCGUCGAGGGCUUUGAGAAGAUGGAGCAGCAGAUCUUGCGCCAGGAGGCCGCGCAGUAA